AUGACGCUGACGCCUCACGACUGGCAGCGGGAAGCUGCUGCCCGCGCGGCGCAUGAGAACCUCAUCGUCAGCGCGGAGACAGGCGCUGGGAAGACCCUGGUGGCCGAGCUGGCCAUCCUCGAUGCGAUCAGGCGCCAUCCUGACAAGCGAAUCGCCUUCAUGGUGACCGCUUCGCGAUUGCUGGCGCAUCAGCAGUGGAUGCGCGUAAACGCAACCCUGGCGAAGCAUGAGGGAGCCGAGACUUGGGAGUGCGUGGAAUUCACCGGCUUCACCACUUCUGGUUGGGGCCCGAAGGAAUACGCCAGCGUGUUGCGCGCCAAGGUCUUGGUGGGAACUGUAGAGACCUUCACCAAAGCAUUCAUCGACCAUG